AGAUAGAUAGCUAUGGAACUCUUGCCAGUAGCUUUCAACACAUCACCACCUGCCUCGAUAUCCCUGGUCGUGACAACCACGCCUCAAGAUUAAGUAACCUCCCGCACCACUGGCGAUUAUAUUAUGGCAUCUUCCAAGCCCCCGCCGCGCGAAAAGAGCCUGGGACGCCCCCGGGGCAGCAGUCGUGGGGGAGUGUUGCAGACCCUGCAGGAGUUCAACAGCCGGCCGCUCAACAUGCCAGUUAACGCUCGCCGCCGCCCGGAAUCGCUCCACAGAAAUCGCGACGGGCCGGCUCAUCCACUUCCUGGACCGCCGCCCAGUGGCGUGUUGACUAAAGGUUGUUCCAAGGGCACAACUACGACUAAAGGCAACAUCGGAAAGUCCGCGGGAAUAAAGAACGGCGCGAAGCAGAAUGCAGCAGUUGCAACUGUUCCUGGUACAACUACGACAUCUUCAAAAGCCAAUUUUGCAGCCGGUGCCAGCAGCACAACCACUACAUCAGGUGAACAACAACUACAUCAACCGGCGGUGGAACGAACAUGUGCGACUGGGAAAAAUGGGCAUCAAGGUGGGAAAAAAGCAGGGGGAAAUGAUAAUGAAGGAGCUUCGAAAGCAAGUGGCAGUAAAACGAGCUGCGCACCGUCUUCUUCCUCCACCAGCAAGCUUGCAACCACCAGCAGCUGCAUGUUGACAACCACAACAGCUGCUGCUUCAAUAAUUUCAGCUAGAGCUGGAGCUGCGGGUGGGGGUGCCGGGAGUAGUAAGAUCACAACGAUGAACUGCGAAACGGGAGCAGAAACCGUAGCGUCCUCUGCGGCGACGGGGACCAAGCGCACUUCUACGGAGCAAGCCCCAAAGACUACUACUUCAAGUAGCAGCUGCUCGAGCGCCGCCCUAGUCAAGACCGAGAGUAGAGGACAGCUGUACGCGAGUCAGCAAGAGGACCAGCGCGCCCGGCGCCUCUCCAGUCCGUCGACAGACGAUUUUGCAGUUUUGCGAAGCGAAACAACUGCGAUUGGGCUUGUCGCGCAGCAAAAAGUUUGUAACCGUGCCUCGGCAAGAGCCGCAACUUCCACAUCUUCCAAGUCGCUGCAUCGGACGAAGAAUGCCGCGUCGGCCGACAUCAAGACUGCAGAUCGGAAUCGAAACGGUUUCAACCCCAUCUCACGAGAGAGGACGGCGCCGCAAAAUAUUUGCGGUUCGACCGAACACGGGCAGCACACUGCGACAAAACCUGGGGAAACACACACCACUAAGCAUGAUCUAGCCGGCGGCCACGACACCGCAGUUCCAGGACAACUAAAGGUUCCGGGAAAAGCAGUAUCAUCUCUACCCACACGGCCCUCAAGCUACGAGAGCCGCGGCGAAACAGGCGUUAAAGGCACGUCCCAGUCAUCGAGGGUGGAAUUUGGAUUGGACAACACAGCUGCUCGGGGUAGUCUUCCGACGGGACGAUCAGGCAAGACUACCACUGUUCCAGCGGCUGAUCAAGUAGAACCGGAAAAGAAGCAAUCUUAUUCUCUCCCGAAUCUUCAAGACAAGCAGGUGGACAAAAUGCCGGGGCAAGACGCUGCACCUACGGUUUCUUCCUCCGGGGUAGCAGCAGCAGCAGUAGCAGCAUCGGGAGGUGGCCCGCGGAAAAUAACUACCACUCAUGUUGAUAAACCGCAAAAGGAGAUGUUGAACCAGUCCGCCGCAUCUAGCCGUGGUAUGGCAUCAGCUAUUACUUCUAUCGGCACAGAGAAACCAGAACACAGGAAGUCUUCAGCCAACGCACUUUCGAGCAGCAACACAUCUUCGAACAAACCGCCUCCGGUAAUCUCUGCCAAAAACCGGCGAAAAAGUUCCCGGUCUGCGAGCCGGGUACGAGGGUUGCCGAAGAUCGAGACGCCUCGGGCGGCACGGCACGCCAAGAAAAAACGGAAAGCAGAAAGACGAAGGGCAAAACAGGAAAGCAAGGCCGCGCAUAAAGGGAAUCAUAAGACCGCGAAGCCGUUUGAGAAGGGUGAAAAGAACAACCAGCGCCAUACCACGACCAGUCGUUCUUCUACAAGAGCAUUAGCAUCAUCUUUGCCGUCGGGGGCCGCUGGACGAGAGAAGAGCAGCGGACAACUACCUGGCGGGGCCCCGUGGAUGGGAACAGCUACUUCUUCACAUGGAUUGAAUAUUGCUAUCGGACCGCAACGCGACUAUCUUCAAGCCGGAGCUAAACAGUUGGACAUUCAUGAGGACGCUCGCGCGACGUUUGGAAAACCCUUUGCAGACGCGGUUUUUAUGUUUUUGUGUUUCGGUUUUUCAUAGCACAGAGGUCGAUGUUCAGAUGAAUGACGGAGAGCAUGGAAGAUCUUUUUAUACCUAUGAACGAUUCGUGUAAUUUCCGGUUCAACAAAUAUUAAUUCGUCACCAGGUAGCAACAUCAGCUUAUGCAUCUGCUUCGGCGCAGCAGCACACGCUAUGUGGGUCUACUCCUUCUCGACUAAGCGUCGAAACACCGGCGACUGGCUCUACUCCUCCUCGCCCUGGUGGAUCGGCACCGGCGGAGCAGGUCGUAGACCAAAAUCAAGGCAAUACCAAGAUAAACGUGACGAUCCAUAGCGCCUCGUCGUCGGGGAUCAUGAAAGAUAAAUCUACGGCUGCGUCCUCCGGCGCACCUCCGCCGACAAGAACCCUGCAGGACAAAGCAGGUGGUGCGACGAGGGAGAGAACUACACUCCCGAGCAGCGACGGCUGCUACACAAGCAGUGACGACUCGAGCAGUGAAGAUGAGGAGACGAGCAGUGAAGAUGAUAUAUGCAAUGCAAAAGCAACGUACUAGUACAACUUGCAUUACAAAUUAGCCAGACAUUACGAACUAAAUUUCAAUUUGUAAUUCUGAUUUACCUGGACGAAGGGAUUUGUAAUGCAUAACAGUAAUUACUACGAGUGCGAUACUUUUGCAGUUCAUAUGAUACGAGCAGUGACGAUUCGCGCAUCGUAGACACGAGCAGUGAAGAAAAUGACGAUGUACAACAGCGAGGCACGACGACCAGUGGAGCUGGUCGUCAGGUGGCGAUUCAAAGGGACGAGGGUACUACAACGACAACCAAAACGACCCCAGCGGAAGCUUGUGUCAACACUGGUCAACAGGCAGCGACACGAGCGUCACCGCAUCAAGGAAGAGGAACACGUGACGAAAUAAAGAACGCACCCCCUAGUCGUGGCAGCGGUUCGAGAAAGAACAGUAGAAUUAUCCCCAUUUUACCGCCGAUCAUGGAGGAAGCGGAGAGUCUUUGCCAAGAGUCUUCAAGCGAGGAGGCUGAGGUUCUCCUGCAGGCCGCGAAAGGCGAGAGCAAGGGGUUGACCACGUUGAAGAAAGCAAACCAGAACAAUGACGAACAUUUUCCAACAGUACAAUUGGCAGCGAAGAAGUCAACAGGAGAAGCGGUUUCGUCUUCCUCUGUGGCCCUUGUUGUUCCUGCUGGUCGUGAGCAAGCUCGGGCAGGCGGCGAAGAGGGGAAAGAAGCUGGUGCUGGAAAAGCUGCGGUAUUAGAAGUACAGCCGGAAGAUGAGGUCACAGCAUCUGCACGUGGGGAGAAUCUGCAUCAUCCAGAAAAACACGACGAAGAUCAUGAUCACAUCCCGCAUCAUGUUUCCGCUGCAGAUGCUUUAGCCGCUCUUUCGUCGGCGAUGAAUAAGAUUUACUCCCGGGUCGUUGAUGACCCUAUCGGGACGGCGAAGUACGUGGUGAAAGUGAGGGAGGUAUGCAGUGCAACUAUAUCUGGGUCAGGAACAAGGGUUGAACCUGUAUUGCGUGUCUCGCAUUUUUCAAAAAUCUGUAUUGCAUAUUGCAGCAAAACAAGCGCCACAUUUUCGGCAUUUAAACUCGCAGGGUUGCAAUGCGUGGCGCGCAUGAGAAACUAGACGAAGCGACUGAAAAAAUUGUCAUGCUUCACUGCACUUAGAGGCGCGCUCAAUCAUGACCAUUCAGCAUUACAAGUUUCCAGACCCACACUUUUUUGCGCCGCAUAUGAGGCAAGAAAACGAGUAAAGGAAGAAUUCUGCUUGGAUCCGGAUCAGCCGCAUGUGACCCCGAGCGAGCAGACACGCAUAGAAAACGAAGUGUUUGCUGCGUACAACAGAUUUUUGAAACAAGAACAAGCAGCUCCUCCCGGACCCGCGUCUACUUCUACCAACACAAAGAACGAUGACAGUCAGCAGCAGCAACCCAGCCCCUUCCCCUCCAUGAAAAUCUGGCGGAACGGGCAGGCAGUGGACGGCCUAACCCGCGCGGAGUGGUUGGACCCAAGCCACCCGCUUCCGCCCGAAGGAAUCCUGUUGCAGGGCGUACGGGGCCGGCCAGCAGUAUGGCGUUCUCAAACGUUACAUUCUCAACUGUUACAUGAUUGGUCAUGCAAAAUGACCAUGAGAGCCACCAGACGAUCAAGCUGCUUCGCGUGACAAGUUCUCGAAUGACUAAACAGCAUCUAAAUCUGUACCAAAUCUGUCAUGCAAGACGCGCAAGCUCCCUUCUUUCACUUUUGCCAUUCUUGCAUGACAAAUUCAUGUAACAGCUGAGAAUGUAACAGUUGAGAACGCCAUAACCAGCAAACCCGGCCGAGAAGCUCAUGUGGGAACAAAAUCGGGGCACCUGGCGGGAGUGGUGCUUCGCCGACGGCCCUGCUCCACUUUGUGACAGCGGCCCGUGUAUGCAGCGUCAUGGCGACUACGACCCGAACAACCCAAAACCCAAGUCGCAUUUUUUUCACAAAGUUAGCCUCUGGCGUGCGGAGGACAAAAAGAGUAGUGACGCGGGCGGAAUAAGAGCAAGGCGUGGUGGCGACAAUGGAACUACAAGCGACAAUGCCGCUAAUGCCGUAGACGGAAGCGAUGAGAAGGAAGUGGCUGACGCUUACCAGAAUAGAUCCCACCUGAAAGAACAACAAGCAGGAGCGCCCGAGGCCGCGUCGACGACCAGCAAAUUGGGUGGUGCGUCGUCCUCUUCCCGGCCGGAGUCGUCGACUGACAAUACCGUGGUGACCAGAAAGCCAGCCUUUCCGCAAACGGUGAAGCUGGAGCAGAACACCACCACGAAGAAACGCGAGACAGAACAACAAGAGAAGACCGCCAGGCUGUCCCCCCCAGAAGAAGCAAGCGGAACAACAGAAAGCGCGGAAGCAAAAAAUCAUUUUGGAGCUGCAUUGAAGCCCCCGGGACGACCUGAGGGUCCGUUCUUACCAGCGGCGGUAGUUGCAGAGCCGCCGGUACUUCUAGCAGGCGAGGUUGCGGAGCAGGAAAUGAAUGAGCGACACGAUGAUCAGGCCAGCGGCGACGGCGCAGCUCCACCAGCGGAAGAAAGAAACUUUCUGAUCACAGAAGGGCGCGCAGAUGAUCACGACGGCAAGGAGGUCCGGUGGGUGGAUGUGAUCGAUGACUACGUAAGCUUCUGUCCGGGGAACCAAAAUAGUAACAAAAUGCGGCUGGCAGAACCGUGGACCCACAUCCUCUCGCCGGAAGACGUUGCUGCGAAGCUGAGCGAACUGGUGGAGAAACGGGAGGUGGAUCACGUGAUAAAACUAAAUGAGAAGAAUAACGGGCCGGUUUGGAUGCGGUGGUGUGGGGAGUCCGAGCACAGGCCUAUGAGUGCGCAAUUCGGCCCGGAAGAGAAAGACCUUCGCAUUCUGUACCCGAGAAAGAUAUUCGUGAUCGAAGACGACGAGAAGCCAGCGGACGAAGCAAAAACGACGAAGGCGAAAAAGACCAUGAAGAUGAACAAGAAAAACAAUAAAGGGAGCAAACAGCUAAUCAGCGCCGACACCACUGCAAAUUCUAUCUCUUCUACCAACGCUGGAGCAGCAGGAGGUGGUGGAACGAAAGCAGCUACAACUACCACCAAAGGGCAGACGAACAAUCCGGGUGAGCCGGCUUCAUCUACUGCUCCCGCGACUUCUAGCACGACAACCGGAGCAGGACUUGGACCAGCAGGAGCUGCAGCUUCUGGCGCAAGAAUUGCGGCCACUAAUGAGCAGGCCACUAAUGACAAAGGGCCGCCGGCGUUUUCUGGUUUUGACGAGUUUGAAGCGGAUAAUUUGGGAGAGAAUGCUGAGAACUACAACCCGUCAAAAUUUCUUAAUACCAGCGGGAGCACUACUAAAGCGACCUUGAGAAUGCCGCCGGAUGAUCACAUCGACCCUGGUUUAGUAUUCGAGUCGACGUUUCUUGGAACUGUUGACGACACGGGGGACGGUGAUUUUGAGGAUUUUGAAGAUGACCCGUUUCGUCCUGGAACCGCAGGCAGGGGCACGAGCCUAUUGGCCACAAUGAAGAACGACAAGAAGAUGAAAAGCUCUAAAAACAACAACAGCACUGACGGCAAGGCCAAGUUCGUCUUGGCCAAGCAGGAUGAAGACCUCCCCCUUCUUUCCCGCGGUAGUACUGGUGGUCGUGGAAAAGGCGGAAAAAAAUCGAAAAGCAACAAGCAGCAAGAACGAGAACAAAGCAAUGACGACUCGAGCUCUGACUCCGCUUCCAGUCCGGUGGAAGACGAGGAGGACGAUCUGCUAUGCGGUGCAAGAAAUAUGUAGCGUCAGUCUGGAUUUGUGGGGGAGAUACAAGAACUGUAUUAUGCAUGAAGAGGAUUGGCUUAGGCUAGGUUAGUUUCUUUGUCAUGCUGUGAAAGUGAAACUCAGUUUGUCAUGUGCAUUAUCAGCAACACAAGAAAUCCAGAAUGAGACCACAUCUUUGAAGUGCAUAUCCCCUGGCUGACGAUAACAACGCGGCUAAGAAGCCCGUUCAGGCGAAAAAGACUGCUGUAGCGAAACCCAAGGCAAAAAAACCUCCGGUUAAAAAACGGAAAGAUCAAGCGCCGAAGGGCCCCGCCAGGGGCAGUGAAGAGGAUGACGAAUUAGAUAACCGCGGCAAGGGAAGAAAGAAAGACGCAAUAAAGCUUAGCAAGAAGGGCCGGGAAGUGGAUCAAGUUCAAGAGGCCGUCGCUGAGCCGAAAAAGCGAAAAAUAAAGGAACAGGAAAAACCACUGGCACAGCUGCAAGCAUCAAGUGCAAGUGGGCUCGGCUCACAGGGCAUGAAUAUCAUAUGCAAUUGUGUCGGUCUAGCUGAUUUGUGUUGCUGAGUCUUCUCGCAUGAUAAGCUGAAGUGGCCGCUUUUCGAAGAUACGGCACCAGAUGGCCUCCAUCGGGAGUGCGUUGAAAGAAGACAAAAAAUAUCUUGUCAUUCUUUCUUGCAGAAGUGGCAUGCUGUCAUCUUGCAAGACACCAAUGAUUAUUGGCUAAAAAUAUCCGAAAAUACAUCCUUUCGUCCACAGGCGGCCAGAGGGUAAAUAUUUCUUUCAAUCUGCUUCCUCCGAAGGAAAUUCUAGCGCGAUUCCCCCGUGGUUUUGGGUGCAAAUGUCGAAAAAUUUAACUUUUUUGCCCGAGCGGGUGUAUUUAGCAUAACGUAUUCUGGCUACCCUGUUUGCACUUUCGGCCCCUUUGCAAGAGUCGGUCCUCUCCAAGAGUACAGUCGGCAAGGGGGACGCUGCGUAAGCAGUGGCUUCCUGGUUGAUAAUGACUUCCGCACCGCCUCAGGCUGGCAACAGAGCAGGGAGAAGGAGGCGCUGGGCUCAGUGGAAGGACAGCCGGCUCGUUUUUGUGGCCGGCGCGUCGGCCAUUUGCUGAGGUUGGAACAUUUCCAGGGUCAUGUCCACCCUUGACGCGUGUUCUGGCGCUAGGGCACUCAAAUGCACUGGAGCGACUUGCUGCCAUUCAUUCACCAGCCCGGUUAGCUCAGUCGGUAAAGCGCCAGGCUCUUAACCUGGUGGUCGUGGGUUCGAGCCCCACAUCGGGCGAGUUUUUGCCGCAUUUUGGAAGUGUGGGUCGCUGACAGCAGGGCUUUGCUUCUUUUCGGAAUGGCAUGGGGGCAGGACGAACACUUCCAUGUGAAAAACGGUUGAAGUCGGUGGCUGCUGCGGAAGGCGACCUGCUACGCGCAGCAGCCAACGAUAUCCUGUUUUUCACAGUAGAUCUGGCGCCGCAGGGGACUUCCUAUCCGUCUUUCCAGUUGUUUCUGCAGAGAGCAAACAACAAAAUACGUUGAAAGGCGUUCGAAAAAAAAAUACCAAGUUUUAGGAAGUUUCACGAUUUCGCUCGUAUCAUGCCUUAAAACCUGCAAAAAUGCGCAAAAAUAUUGUUUUUCUCCCGAAUGGUUGUAUUUAGCAACCCGUAUUCUGGCUACCCUGUUUUGCGUUUUUCCUCUUGUUCGGAUCUCCUUCGGGAGUCAUCCGUUAAAAUUGGAACGAUACAGAGAAGAUUAGCAUGGCCCCUGCGCAAGGAUGACACGCACAAAUCGAGAAGUGUAAACAAUUUUUUUUAAUCUGCAUGGUAUGAUCGUUUUCGUUCCUUUUUGGAAACGCGAAUACCGAUGUUAUGCUUCAGUCUCCUUUCGGAGUCAAAUUCUGAAUCCGCACGGCAUGACGUGGUUUUUGUGCAAACGGAUUGAAUAUGCAUGGUAUGGUGCAAUCGAUAAGCAGGAAGGAUUUCCGAAUCCGCACGGUGUGGAUGAUUUUUCCUGUCUGCAUCCCGGGACGUUAAAAUGUAGACCGCACGCUAUCGUGGACAUGCAUUGUUACAGGUUCUUGCAGUCCCCUCGGGUUUGGAAAAAAACGACAACAUUUCGUCGGUGCCGAAAUAAAACGACCACAGUAAUUCGGAAGAACUUUUCAAAAAAACUGCAAGUGCGGGCAGUUUUUUGCCCCACUGCAGUAUUUAGCAGCCGUAUUCUGGUGACCCAGGUCUAGCGUUUCACCCAACUGCCGCAACCGCCUUCCAGGCAGUGGUGAGCCGGGCUGGUGCUCGGACGCGGCUUCAACCCGCGGGGGGCGGUGACGCCCAGGGGUUCGAUUCCUCCUCCGCUGCGUUUUGUUUUCUUUUGUUGCUCUGUCCUUUUUUCCCCGCCUGCUGCCUCCGACUUCAAAGCUUUGCCCCUGGGGCUGUCUCUUUUCUGUCCUGAUGCGAUUGCCUGUUCUGUCCGACCGUCCGCAUUCCCUGACAGCAAGAUCUUGCUGUCACUCUAUACGACUCGCAUCACAAAGAAUUCAGCUCGGGCCUACACAUUUGUUACGCCCCACAUAAUGGCACGAAAAGUCGGGUGAGGCAGUUGAUCCUCCUGCUGCGAGCCCUAAAUCUGACGAGGAAAAGAAGGUGGCGCAUCUCCACAACUAUGCAAAAUAAAAGUAUCCUGACACUCAUAGUAACUGCUAUUGCAGUCAUGUAAAUCUUUUGCUUGACGUUGUAAUCCCGCAUAAACGAAAAACGAAUUCCAUUUCUCAUGAACUUGUAACUUUGUCAUGCGCAAUUACAAAGUCCACUUGCAGUGGGGAAAAUUUCAAUUUUUUGCUCUUGCAAUUACUGUUGGCGCGGUACUUUUACAAUCCAUAAGGAAAUGCGGAUUCCCAAGUUGAAGACGGAGUACUUCGAGGAAAAACCAACGCGACCCUACCUUCUCACCAUAUCCAACUGUACAAGAGUAUCGCAAAUUUUUGCAUGACAAAUUCAAACACAAACUCAAUGCCUAGCAUGAAAAAUUGAAUUUGUGUUGCUGGCAGGAUCUUCUGUCAUGGAUGAUUGCAAUUAAAAAAUAGUACGAGAUGUGCAAUGCUCGUUUUCAUCUUCCCGUGGAUACGCCAGGCAGGGCAACCAGAAGACGAUGGAGGAGGUUAUGGAUUUGACAGAUGUUAUCUUCUCAACUCUUACAUGAAUUUGUAAAUGCAAACUUAUCCUCGUAAGCCACCAGACGAUCAAGAACAAGUAGAUACUUUUCAUUGAUAAAUUCUCGAAGUAGGGCGAGAGAGCGUCUAAAUCUGCGCCAAAUUUGUGAUGCGAAGGUUUCAAUGUUGGCCCUUUUCCUGUUGUUGUCCCUUGUUCUUCCUUCACAAAUUUAUGUAGCAGUUGAGCGCGUAACGUUUGAGAAUCUCAUACAAUUUCUCUCGUCGUACACACGAGAGUCUGGCAUUGAAUGGGACGAGGCACCUAUGCAAGAUCAAAAAAAAGAACUGCGUUGGUGUAACUCUAACUCCUUGUGACGGGGUGCAGCAUCACAAAUUUGUUUCGCAUGACAGAAAAAACUUGCCACUUGCUAGUAUCAACUGUGAAAUGAUCGAGCAUGAAAAGGGGCUCGAAUGUAAAUCCGCAUGACAGAAUUGUAAGAACUGCGUUGCAUGCUCUACUGCAUGGUCACAGACUUAUAUUAUCGACACAGCUUUUUAUUUUCUUUUCCUGCAUAACCCCGGAGAAAAACGUCAUCCGCAGAACACUAUCAAAUGUGAAAGUGUCUCGGUCUGGAAGAAUGCAACUUCUCAUGCUAAAUCUGAAGCAUGCAAAAAACAGUGUUGCAUCAUUACCAAAAGCUGUCCACUUUUGACGUAAUCGAGAGGCAGUUUCUCAUGCAGGAUAGACAUGAUAGAACCCUCACAGAAUCUGUAAUGCUAUGUCCUACAUGCCAGACCAGACCUCAUGGGUCAUGGAAAACCUGCAUGACAAGUCUGGCACUCCUCCAGACCCAGACAUUUUUACACUUGAUAAACACCAGGCAUCCCGAACCCGAAGGAGAGCACCAUCCAAAAGGCGCUUGACAAUGAACGGAGGGCAAGAAUCGAAGUCGGCUGGGACUGCAUUUGCCUCACCUCAUCUGGCGUGCAGGCCUUUCCACCCGUGCCCCCGGAGGUGCUUGACAACCAGCGUCUUUGGUAUGCAAGGAAAAGGCUAGGCAAGUGGAAGUCUGUAAGUAAUGCACCGGAGGCUACACAGUUUGUUGCGCUUGCCAUACUACACCCAGUCGUGACGUCCUAUUCAAGUUUGUCACGCUGCCAGUCGUGAUUUUUCGUUGUCAUGCGGAACAUCAAGUUUGUCAUGCUGCCACCCAUAGACCCCUUCUAUGCUAACGCCGUUUUUUUCUUGGAUAUUUGGCGGGAGUGGCGCAAGAGCUCUGAGGAGAUCCGGAAAAAAUUCGUCAGACGCAAGGACGGUGAUGGGAGUCUCGUCAACUAUAUCAAAUGAAAAAAAACGAAAAAAAUUUCAUCUGGGUCGGGAAGGCGAAGCAGUUUGAUGCAACUUCUGAUGCUAAAUAUUGAGCAGACGAGACAAAACACUGUAUCUGCGUCAGUGCCAAUAAAUGCUGCCCGUGCAGCGUGUGCCCACUAUUAUUUUUUGUUGCACAGAUACUAGCAAAUUUCUCAUGCAGAGUGGGCAUCAAGAAACCUUCGGAAUAAAACCUGUAAGUAGUGCUUGAGCUUGAGCUCGUUUGCGUGGAUCUCAGCCCAUCUUUCGCCGGGAGGAUUUCUUGCAUGAAGACAAACGCGCGGACUCCUCCAGAGGACCACCCAGACAUGUUUAUUGCAGCGGAUAGACUACUGGCUGUAUCCAGCGGAGCCCUGGAAUAAGGACGCCUAUGAUUUGACGAAGCGUAAGGUGAACCGCAGGGGCGAGGAAAUCCCGAGUUCCACGGAUGAUGAAGCUGGGGAAGAUCAUAUCCCGUGUAAACACGACGUUCGCACACCGGAGUUGCUGUCAUGCGAAUUUGCAUGCGCGGGUUGCUUGUUUCUCAUGCGUUUCCACAACAUGAGGUUGACUGAGGAUUUAAUUUCUAAUAGUAUUUACGUAUUUCGACUUUGUCUUUGUCAUGCUGUUAUCGGGAUGAUCGUAAGGUGAUCGAUUUGUGAUGCGGCUGCACCAGCUAACGUCACUACUUUGGUAUACUGCGCGGCCAAUCUUGUCAUGCGAAAUGAUAGCCAAACGUUGGCGAUUUGUGUACUAGAAAGAAAAACUUCAUGCUUUUUCGGUCUGGGUUGUCGGUCACGUCGUUUGAUUUGCACUGGAUAGGAUAAGAAGUCCAAACUGCAUCUGCCAAACCUCCGGGCAGCUCUACUUCGUCCUCCUCGUGUACUGGCUCCGCGGGCUCCUCGUCCUCCCGCGCAGCAGCUCUGCCGCACCUCCUGAGUACUAGAAACGACGCAACUACAACAUCUUCAAGGCUGCAGAGCAGCGGCAGUAGUGCAACAAGCGCAUCGACAGCAGGAGCCGCGAAUAAAGGAACUGCUGGCCGGGCCGUCGGGAAGAUCAAGCCCAAUGCAGCACCUCCAAAGCCUUGUCCCCCGCAUCAAGGAGGAAGUUCAAGCGGGAAAAGUAAAAAGAACUCAGACAACGGCGCUAAACGGAAAGCCAAAGCUGCUGCUGUAAAACCAGGAAGAAAGAAAAGUACCACCGCCGUGAAGAAGCGGGAGGCGAAACAACAACAGCCACGCGGGGAUCUAUUAAAUGCAAAUAUGCUUGGAUCUGGACACUUGUGAUGCUGAAGUGCGGAUGACUGCAACGCUUUCGACUGCAGCCAAGCAUGACAAGUUCUUGCAACGCUGUCUCAUACGUAAGAACACGCAUGACAAACUCCGUUUCUGCGUGACAAAGAACGCUGCGCGUUUGCUGGCCAUGCAAUACAGAUUUUCUUGGAUUGUAAGACCAGCAUCACAAGCUCCCUUUUUCUAGACCCAGACAUAUUUGCAUUUGAUAGGAUCGUAGUGACAGCAAGAAAGUUAUUUCUCCGGAAAAGAAGAAGUCGUCGCUGCGAGAAAAGCGGAGUCGGGUUGAAAAGCACGUGAAGAUGUUGAAAAAGAAAAGUUCAUCAUCAAAGAAAAAAGUAGACAGCAACUGCAGCAGCAAGGAAGGCGAGAACUGUACUUCUUCUGGGCAUCAAGAGCCACUGUCAUCAUCCUCUGCUCCUGCAUCAAACGCCGCGAAUCAAACUACCAGUCAGGAUGAAGCUGCAAGUGCCAGUACUGGUUUCUGGAGCGGUUUCAAAAAUGGAAUCUCUAGCGUCUUGUUCCGCAAUGCACACGACAAAACCUCCAACACAACCGCUCGGGACGAAGAGGACAAAAUCAACGUAGCAAGUACAACAUCAAAAGAGGAAAACGUCGCCGGCGCAAAAAGUCCGACAUUGGAAAAGAAAACAAAAGCCAAAGGCGUGCGUGCGAAGGCGGAAGGAAAAAGUGCAAACAGGGCCAAAGCGAAAGCAAAAGCAUCUGCAAAGGGAAAGAACAAGAAGCCUGGAACGGGGGGAGGUGUUUUGAAAUAGUAUAUUGGUUGAGAAUAAAGCGCUGCGUGAAAAAUUUUUUUACACUUUCAAUUUUUGUUUUUUACGGUAUCACAGAAGGCUGCAAUGCACAAGAUCUAACAUUUUUUUUUGUCAAAGUCAAGAGCCAGCAGCUUAUAGUUGAACAAUUGCAAGAACAUUUAAUGCUAAUGGGCCCAUGAAUAGCUAAGAUUAUUUUACCUUGUUUCUACUACGAACUAGUUGUAGAUCAUGCUUAUUUUUGAGAGUACACGACAAAAGGCAUGCAAUGCCCCUGUUUCGCCAGCGGCGUUGCAAAAGAAUGAACGUUAUUUUCUUCGACUACAACACAUGUGCCUGGGCUUUCAAUUCAUAUUUGGAUAGGUUUCCGAAUUUAGACUUUCACAUAAAUGCCCAUGGAAGAUUGAAAAGAUGCUGCAGAGCAGCAACUAUUUUUGUUUUUUUUGGCAAACGAACAAAUAGUAGAAUGGAGUGCAGUACACGCACGCCGCAGAUAACACUUUGACGCAGGAGGUGCAGAAGGCAUCUUCGAUCUGUACAUGUAUUAAAGAAAAAGAAAAUAUCAUACACCAAGUAAUCUCACCGGACCACACAAGAAGUGUCGCACAGAAUACUGCUCGCAAUGGCGACAGAAAAAUGUAACGGUCUGGCAACAAGCACAGAAACAUGAUAAUGCGAAUGAAAAUUUGUAUACGUUUUAUCACAACAGAUUUAUUAAACUGACACUUUUUUCGAAGAAAAAUCAUAUUUAUAAAAUGACUGAAGAACGGUAGCAAAAGUGCAGCGAGAUGGU